UUCUCUUUCUCUCUUUCUGUCUCUCUGUCUCUCUCUCUCUCUCUCUCUCUCUCUCUCUCUCUCUCUCUCUCUCUCUCUCAUCUAUCCAUCCGUUCAACCGAGUGCGCGCAUUUGAGCGAGCGCUGGUUGCGCACGAUCAUCAGCCCCAGCGUUUCGGGCACGCACGCACGCACGCACGCACGCAUCCAAGAGAAGAGAAGAUGUGCCAAUGCGAUUCGUCCGCCUCCAAAGUGAAGCCUCCGGGCUCCCUAGCCGACCGUGGCUCUGCUGCUCGCCUGGUCGUCCAACCGCGUGCGCUACCUGCUCUCGUCGCCCGUGUACACCAAGGCGCACAUGGUGUACGCCAAGCGGCUCGUCUUCCCCGCCGUCACCAUCUGCAACCAGAACCUGCUCUUGCCCAGGCGCAUGAAGAAGUCGGACAUCUUCAGCGCCGGAAGGUGGCUGGGGCUCCUGGGGAGGAAUUGGCAGGUGUCUCCGGCAGCCAGGGAAGCUUUGGCGGCGCCUUGGUCGCAGCAGCAGCAGCAGCAGCAGCAGCAGCGCACCGAGCCGCCUUGGUCGCCGCUCUCCCGCAUCCUGGACUUCAACCACUUUCUACCUCCCCCGCGGGAGUCGCAGCCGUCCAUGAGGCAGCUGCUGGACCGGCUGGGCCACCAGCUGGAGGAAAUGCUCUUGUACUGUCGCUACCAGGGAGAGAUGUGCGGCCCGCGCAAUUUUAGUACCCUGAGAGGUGAGCAUCUGGAUCAUCUCAUCGCACCGUGCCCUUGACGUGGCUUCUGUGCACGGCGCGAUUCCGUCUCUGGCGCUCCGCCACAGAUGAGUUGAGGCCCUGCGUGAGCGCCGGGAGGCCAACGGCGGUCCUGGGGGAGGACAAAAACACAAUUCCUAACUAGAACGUAGACUGGAGGCAGAUGGCAAGACCAAAACAGUCGCUGAUUCUUUUUCAGGCUUCCACUUGACUAAAAUAGUACCUGACUUGUCUACAAAAGUAUUUAAGAGAUAUUUUUAAACACCAAAGUGUUUUUUUUUUCCACACUUGGAUAUGGAAAGGUGCAUUGAAGUGUUUGACACCAAAUAUAGUCAAGUAGGGCUGCAAUUAAUGAUCAUUUUGAUAAUCAAGUAACGUCAUCUAUUUUGUUGAUUCAUCAAAGAAUUGUAUUUAAAAAGAAAACGUUUUAAUUCCUAUCCCUUCAUUCAAAUACACAUGUAAGGACAAAUAAAAUGAGAAUCACUUA